GGAAAUAAUGAAAGAAAACCGAACACUAGUUUCCCCUUUCUGAGCGCUCGUGUGCGUGAGAAGAAAAUAAGAGUUUUUCUCUAUAAUCGGAUUAUCAAGGGUGGAAACCUUUCAGUCCAACCAAACAGCACAAGAGAAGCGAGAAAAAAAGACCCCCCUUACGCUCUCCCUCUCUUGUCUCCAGUUUCUCCUUCCUCAAGUCCCACCACUUCUUCUCAAUCUCCUCUAUUGAUCCAAAUACUCUCCCUUCAUUCAAUCAAAUCUCUUUCCCCUAUCAUGAGUCAGUCUCUCCUCUCUCCAGCUUCCAUCCUCAUCAAGCACAAGUUCUCCACAAAACCCUCCUCUUCUUUUCCAAUCCCUACCCCAAAAUUCUCUCCUUUGAGAAGAAAUUUCCAUACUAAGGCUGUUAUCUCUGAAAUCCUAAAUGAGAAAAAGUACCCGAAAGUGGCCGCUGACUCCACUGGUCCGAUUACAGCGGCAGAGCUUCUCAAGGUUGUCGAAAGUGCUGCCAAGGCCGGAGCUGAGGUAGUUAUGGAUGCUGUCAACAAGCCACGGAAUAUUAAUUAUAAGGGAGUAACAGACUUGGUCACAGACACAGAUAAAAUGAGUGAAUCUGUCAUUUUGGAGGUGGUCAAGAAAAACUUCAAGGACCAUCUUAUUCUUGGGGAGGAAGGAGGCCUUAUAGGGGAUACAUCAUCUGAUUAUCUCUGGUGCAUCGACCCACUAGAUGGAACAACGAAUUUUGCACAUUGUUAUCCAAGCUUUGCUGUUUCAGUAGGAGUCCUUUUCCGUGGGAAGCCGGCAGCUGCAUCUGUGGUUGAGUUUGUUGGUGGUCCUAUGUGUUGGGAUACUCGCACAUUCUCUGCUAGUUCAUGUGGUGGAGCCUUUUGUAAUGGAAAAAAAAUUCAUGUUAGCCAGACUGAUCAGAUCGAGCGAUCCCUUCUAGUGACUGGAUUUGGAUACGAUCACGAUGAAGCGUGGGCAACAAACAUUGACUUGUUCAAGGAAUUUACUGGCAGCAGCAGGGGUGUGAGAAGGCUCGGUGCUGCUGCUGUGGACAUGUCUCAUGUAGCUCUGGGAAUUGUUGAAGCCUAUUGGGAAUAUCGGUUGAAGCCAUGGGACAUGGCUGCUGGUGUCUUGAUAGUAGAAGAAGCAGGUGGGGUUGUGAGCCGGAUGGAUGGUGGAAGAUUCUCAGUCUUUGAUCGAUCUGUUCUGGUCUCAAACGGCAUUGUUCAUGAUAAGCUUCUUGAGAGAAUCGGUCCUGCAACAGAAGAACUGAAGAAGAAGGGGAUUGAUUUUUCUCUCUGGUUUAAGCCUGAGAACUACAUCACUGAUAUAUAAAGCGUGGGUGGAAAACUUUAAUUUUGUUUAUUUAUCUAUUGCUUUGCAUCAUCCGUGUCUUUGAUAUGGAAUAUUUGGAAAGAAUAAAGUCUAUAGUUAUUCAUGAAAAUCCAUUGUCAGGGGCUUCUCUGGAGUGUUUUUGUUCCCUUUACUAGCUUGAUGAAAUGCUCAUAAUCUAUUUUAUCUAUAAAACAAUUGUGUAUUAUUAAUCUUUUAUAUUUUCUCAA